AUGUAUUUUUGUGACCUUGUAAGGGUGGCUCAUCCUUCUUCAUUGGUGGCUGAUAUUCUUUAUUCUCUGAAAUUACCACUAUCAUGUUUACUUCUUGAAACGUGCCUCUUGCAGGUGUUGUUCAAACAUUUGCAGGAGAAGCUUAUUGUAACCGAGGCAAAGUUAAAAGAGACUCAAUAUCAACUGGCACCGUGGCGUUCCAAUGUGAACCCCUCAAAUUUUGCUCAAUCACCAUCUCAUUCCAGCGGGAACAAAAAUGGGCUUGAACUGGUACUACAACCAACAUACUCAAAUGGGCAGAUACCAAUUUCUUCAGAUCCUCUGGCAACUAGAGAUUGGGAUCUGUUAGGACAUCAUCAGAAUGGUUUAGUUGGUGUUUCAAACAACAUGGAGCCUGAUGACUUAGGGCAGUAUUCACCUCUUGCAAACAGGAACACUGCAUCCCAAGAUAUGCCUGCACAGAUUGGCGUUGCCAGGGGAGAUUUGUAUACUUCACGAACUGGGGAAGAAACCACGAAUAAGCAAGUUACUUUUAGUUAUCCGGUUAGCAGCAAUGACAUGGAUGAUGCAGACAUGGACGGACACCAAAAUGACAGGGAGCCUUCAGCCAACUGGGGCUCCAAAAACUCUCCCUAUACAACAACGCUUGAUGAUCCCAGCUCUUCAUAUUCUCCUUAUUUACCCCCAGUUCUUGAAGAACCUUCUUCCUCCUUCUCUGAGGCUGCCGAUGAUGAUCCAUUACCUGCAAUAGAGGGCCUCCAAAUUUCAGGUGAAGCCUUCCCAGGACGGGAACUCCUAGCAAGCGGAUAUUCUAUUAAUGGAACAACCAGCUGUAAUUUUGAGUGGGUACGCCAUAUGGAAGACGGGUCUGUCAACUAUAUGGAUGGGGCCAAGCAACCAAAUUAUAUUGUUACUGCGGAUGAUGUUGAUACGUACCUUGCAAUUGAAGUUCAGCCUCUGGAUAACAGGAAGCGAAAGGGCGAAAUUGUAAAGGUCUUUGCAAAUGAGCAUAGAAAGAUCACUUGUGAUCCUGAUAUGCAUAACCACAUCGAGAAAACCCUUUAUAGUGGUCAUGCUUCAUAUAAAGUAUCCUUGUCGACGGGAUAUCUUGAUAUAUGGGAGCCAGCUACCUUGACCAUCAAGAGAGAAGGUUACAGCAUCAAGUGUACUGGACCUAGUGCUGUCGUAGUCACUGAGAAGUUUCUACAAGCCACAGUUGUAUGA